AACACCAACGCUUGAGAGACAGCUCUGCAUUUAAAACGCCCAGAGAAGAAUCAGCAACUACCGUACCUCGUUUUUUCUUUCAUCUUCCUCCUAUUUUCCUUACCAGUACGGCGUUGUCAUGACGAAUGCACAGGUUGCCUGGGAUCGUUGACUGCCAAUAAGUGAAUAUUCUUUCAGUACUUCCCUCCUAUACAAGCACAGUUUUUUUCGAGUGCGAUUUUUUGGGGGAUACCGUUUGGAUCCUAGGCUAAAAUAAACCAGAUCCACGUUUGCCCGCCUGCAUGUUGUCAGCAAGAUUAUUGCGUUGGCUAUGUAGUGUAAUGUAGACAGGUAUCUGCAUAGUGUUAAUCUCUGUGUUCCGCUACCUUCUUAAGUGGAUUGCACAUCACCAGUCAACGAUUUCUUCCUCCUCCGACCUCGGGUGCUGUGGACUCAGAGGAAACAUGGGACUGCCUGCUCUGGAGUUUAGUGAUUGCUAUCUGGACAGUCCACAGUUCCGAGACAGAUUAAAGUCUCACGAACUAGAACUGGACAAGACCAACAAAUUCAUCAAAGAACUAAUCAAAGAUGGGAAGGCGCUCAUCCAAGCAUUGAAAAAUCUGUCCACGGCCAAGAGGAAAUUUGCAGAGUCUCUCAACGAGUUUAAGUUCCAGUGCAUAGGAGACGCAGAAACGGAUGACGAGAUAUGUAUUGGUGAGCUCGCCCUGAGAAGCUUCUGUGUCGUGACUGAUUGCUGCAUCUCUGCUCAGAUUGAAAAUGCCAAUGAUGUGCUSAUCAUGCCGCUGGAGCGCUUCAGGAAGGAGCAGAUCAGUGCUGCCAAGGAAGCCAAGAAGAAAUACGACAAAGAGACAGAGAAGUACUGUGCUGUACUGGAGAAGCACCUGAGUCUAUCAGCAAAGAAGAAAGAAGCACAUCUCCAUGAAGCAGACAGUCAGGUGGACCACGUGCGGCAGCAUUUCUAUGAGGUGUCUCUGGAGUACGUGUUCAAGGUGCAGGAAGUCCAGGAGAGGAAGAUGUUUGACUUUGUAGAGCCGACGCGGAACCGUUUUGAAAGCACCCGGUCUGAGGUGGAGUGUCUGAUGAGGAAGAUGAAGGAGAACCCCCAUGAACACAAGAGCAUCAGCCAUGACACCAUGGAGGGAUACCUGUUUGUACAGGAGAAACGUUCUUUGUGUCAACCUGGGCAAGUACUACUGCACCUACCAUCGAGACCCAAACGAGUCACCAUGGUCCUGUUUGACCAGAAUCUGGAGGGAGAGGAGGAGAGCUUCACUCUGAAGUCCUGCACAAGGCGGAAGACGGACUCUAUAGAGAAGAGGUUCUGUUUUGAUGUGGAGGGCGUAGACAGGAGCAGCCAGAGUUCAUCCCUCUCCUGUUCCGGAGCAGCCCAGAAGUAUCCCUCCUGUCCGGAGCAGCCAGAGUCUCCUUCCUGUCCGGAAGCAGCCAAGUCCGCUCCUCCUGUCCGGAAGCGAGCCAGAGUCGCCUCCUGUCCGAGCAGCCAGAGUCGCCCCUCUAGUCUGUCCGGGGCCCGCUGCGAUGGGGGUCCCCGGUCCCGUGGUCGGCGCUCCUUCAGGAAGCCACUUGAAUCAGUAGGCUCUAUCGGAGGAAGACCGCAGGCUGUGGUCUCUCCAUUGAUGCCAAUGUACUGUUUUACUACACGGCGGCCAGGUAGUCUGACAUACUGUGUCCAACAGUGUUUUAUUACAGCAUGGUGUACAUGGGCUUAUGUAAGUACAGCCUGGGUUCAGUACACAGAUAGGUGUUUGAGACUGGUGGUGCUGGCGGUAAAGCUAAGCGGUGUAACCGUGGUAACCGGGCGUUUCUGUUCCUUCCAGGUCUAUAACUUAAACAGAGACAGCCAGAGUGAAGGCAUGGUCCAGCUGGACGUGGUUGGCUUCAACGUUGUGAAGAAGUUCAUCUAUGCUGUGGAGACCAGAGGCAUCGAUGAGCAGGGUCUGUACAGGAUUGUUGGGGUGAACUCCAGAGUACAGAACCUACUGGGUCUUGCCAUGGGUAAGACAGAGAUAUCAGAGAGAGAGAGAGAGGCCACAACUCUUUGUCUCUCUCUCUGCCUGCCACUGUGCCCCUCAUUGACUCUGUGUCUUCUCUCCUCUCACAGAAUGCUGCCUGCACCUCUCAUGACUUAUCAGUAUCAAAGGAGCUUCAUCAAGGCAGCCAAACGUGACAAUCAGGAGGCGAGGAUCACAGAGAUCCAUAGCAUCGUCCACUGGCUCCCAGAGAAGAACCGGCAGAUGCUGGACCUGCUUACGAAACACUUGGCAAAUGUGGCCAGUCACCACCAGCAGAACCUGAUGACUGUGGCCAACCUGGGGGUGGUGUUCGGCCCCACUCUGCUGAGGCCGCAGGAAGAGACUGUGGCAGCCAUCAUGGACAUCAAGUUCCAGAACAUCGUGGUGGAGAUCCUCAUCGAGAACCACGAGAGGAUAUUCAAGGACAUGCCAGUUCCGGGAGGUGGCCCGGCCAACCUACAGCUCAACCUGCAGCCGCGGAGGAGGAGCACGGAGAGCAAGGCCCCGUCCUGCAGCGAGAGACCCCUCACCCUCUUCCACACACCCACACACUCCCAGAAAGUGGAGGAGAGGAACAGUGUGGUAGUGAACUCUACUCUAGAGCUCCAGCAGCCGCAGCCAGCCCAGGCCAAGGCCCCCCACAACAACCCUUCAGCCACCCCCUCCUCCUCAGCAGCGGUCAACCAUAACAGCAGUGGCAGCCACAGCCACAGCUGGACCCCACGCAACAGCCUGACCAGCACUGACGGAGACCAGGACAGGGGCCUGACUGCCAGGCAGAACUCACAGAGCCGCCCAAACUCACUGCUGAACCCAAAGAGCCGCACCAGUAUCCCAACGAGCCCAGCCUCACCCAGCCCCACCUCACCACGCUCCCCCUCCUGGCCGAUGUUCUCUGCAUCCUCCAGCCCCCAGCCGGCCUCCUCCACCUCCAGUGACUCCUCCCCAAUCAGCAUCCCAGGCAGGCAGGCUAGGGCCCUCUACGCCUGCAAAGCGGAGCACCACUCUGAGCUUUCAUUCAUCGCAGGGACCACCUUUGAAAAUGGUGAGUACGGAUCACUGUGA